UUGGAGGAAGAAGCUUUGCACAGAAAAUGGUCAAAGUCUAGAACUCCAUGGCAGAAUGGAUCAUAUACUUUUCCACAAACCAUAAAUUGUUCACAUUAUUAACCACCAUCAAGCUUUUUUGACUUCCCAUUUAAAAUUCAUUUUAGUUCACAUGACAACCGCAGUUUUAAUUUCAACAUCCAUUUACAACAAGCAUCCCUCAAACUUUCCCUCCUCCCAAACUUUCCUUCAAGUUAGUUACUAAUAGUUUUAGUUAAGGUGCGUUUGGAUUACGGAUGCACUCGUCGUAUCUUUUUAUUGUUUAGUUUGUGUUGGAUAGUGUGAAGGCGGUGUAAUUGAAGCGACAAUCCAAACGGCGACGCAAGGGUUGCGUUAGGUUAACAUGAUCAUGGAUAGAACAUCGCAGAGCAGCUCCGAUUCCCCGACUCGAGAUCCUGUGCUUUCCAUCGAAUGUCUGAGAGGAAGCUCGAAAGCCGAUGAGUGGACCGGCGACAUGCUCCAAAGCGGCGAUAUCGUGGAGGAGCUCCGAAUCGGUUCGAAGGCGAAAUCACAGAUCCGGUACCAGUCGCCGUUCAAGGGCGGGAGGAGCGGCGUGCAGAAGAUCCUUCAGGAGGCGUUCAAGAAGAAGGAGACGUCGAUUGUGGUUCGGGUGCGACGAGGGUCGGAGGAGUUUGCGGAGUUGCAGGCGUGCAUCGUGCCUAACGAAUUCGCGGCAAAGAAGGGUUUGGUUCUUCGCUCGAUUGAUGACCCGAAUUACGUGGUCGGGUUCUUGGAUCGGACCGAAGCAGAAUGCUAUGAGCUUCAAGCUUCAAGGGGCACUAGGAUGGUAAAUGCACUGACCAGGACCAAGUUACAGGAUGGAUAUGUUUCGUAUUCGUGGGAGAGGAGGAUGCAAGAAAUGCUACCAAUUCCCAAUUCUAGCAACUUUCUUUCUAUAUUAUUCCUUCCCAAAGCUUCAGAUCGGGUAGCUUCUCGCUACAAUGAUUUGGAGGAUACCCUGGCCAGGGCAAAUGCAUGGCUCAAUGCAGGUCAAGCUUCAGGGGUCCCUAUUGUCUUCAUGAACAUCCAAACUGAGUCCCUACUUACUAAGAUAUCAGGAGAGACCGCUUCUUCCACUGUGAAUGCGGGGUCUUUAUCUGACUUAGCUAACUUGGCAAAUGAAAGCCUUUACGGGUUUGAGGAUUACCAUGGAGUAGACAUUGGCGUUGUACGAGCAGUUCGCCUGUGGUAUGCUCCGGUUGCUGGAGAGUUCUCUAUUGAAAUCAAACUGAAAGAGGAAGACUCAAAGCUUGGCUUUGCCAUUAGUCGUACUGAAGAGGGAUUUAUUUUCAUCUCAUCAGUGAUUAAUCAAGAAAAUGUACCAGCAACACGAUCAGGCCUGAGCAAUCUGUAUAAGCUGGCAACAGAUACUUGUAGGAUGUUGGUGGUUUCAAGAGUGUCAAAUCAAAAAGUCCUUCCAUGGAUGGUUUCUUCAACAGGAGCUAUUCGGUGUUAUGACACUGUUUCACUCAGCCAGAAGCUGUCCUUGCACCGACACACCAGAGUUCCCAUUCUCCUGCACGUCUUCCUUUGGGACAGGGCUUUGGCUUCAAGUGUAGGAAGCACGAGAUUUAGGGCUCUGUCUUCUGUGUUGCCAUCACAUGCAUCUGAAGUUCCGUUAGCACCCAUUCCCAACGAAACUCAUGUACUGCCAUUGCCCCCUCCUCCACCUUCUGAACCAACUCAUACUGCAUCAGAUAUUUCCCACUCAAGGCUUCAGAGAGACACGGCUGGAGAAUUCUCUUUUAGAUUCCACGAUUUUUCUUUGUCUAGUAACUGGGUAUGAUGUGGUUGCAUAUUAAAUCAUUCAUUGCUCAUGUCAUGAUAUUGCAGUUUAUUAUUGUAUAUAUAGUAUGCAUUGCUUUUAGACUUCACAGGCCUUGUAGAUUUUUCUUUUUUCCUUCAUUAACUUGUUCACGGAAAAGUAUAAUAAUAUAUCAUGACUUUUUUGCUUAGCAGUUUA